CUGGUGGUUCAAACUCAAAGCAGGUCUUGUCCUUCCUAGGAGGAACAUAUUCAAGAAAGAGUAAGGCAGGGGGCCCCAAGGCCAUUUAGAAGGAUGUCAGAGCUGGAAAAAGCCUUCCGCAAAUUUGCUGUGUAUGGAGACACAGCUGCCACAGGCAAUGACAUGACAGGCAAGAACUUCUCCAAGAUGUUGAAGGAAUGUGGUGUAAUGGAUGGCAAAGCAGUGACCAGCACUGAUGUGGACAUUGUCUUCAAUAAAGUCAAGACCAAGACUGCUCGCAACAUAACAUAUCCAGAAUUCCAAGAAGCAAUAAAAGAGCUGAGUGCUAAACGCUUCAAAGGAAAGUCCGCAGAGGAGGCUUUGCAGGCCACUCACCAGUUGAUGGAGGGCAAGGAACCAGGCAAUGUAGGAGCGACGAAAACUGUUGCAGCUGGUGCAGUAGACAGACUGACGGACACCAGCAAAUACACGGGUUCUCACAAGGAACGCUUUGAUGAAAGCGGCAAAGGCAAAGGGAUAGCUGGGCGUGCAGAAAUAACUGACAACAGCGGCUAUGUUGGGGCUUAUAAGGGAAGUGGGACUUAUGAUAAGACUCACUAAAUGAGGAAUGGGGCCUCCUGGAAACCCUGCCUGUCCUCCUUGGAAUGACAUGCCAAUAAACACCUGCUCUUAAA